AAAAAAAAAAACGACGCCAACUUGGCACUAUGGUGUAGUCGUCAAUUUUAAUUCUAAUUUGUCAAAACCUUCAUAAUUUUCUUUAUUAUUAAUUAAAAUGGUCUUUAAUUUUAUUUGAUUGCUGUUUCAACUUCAAUGUUUAUUUGUAAUACGUAAUUGUGCAUUACUAUUUCUUUUAAAAUGGAAUCGGAUUCUGGUUUGCAAUGUGAUGCUCCCGAUGGCGCGGAAGUAUCUCCCUUAGCCGCAAUCCAGGCCGCAGAUACAGCAGAAUUAGCUGAAAAUAAUGUAUCUAGCCAUGAAUCUGAAGCUGCUAACGCUGAAGAAUCAGUGGCAAAUGGGGGUGCUCCAACAAGUAGCAGCGAUGCUUUGGACCUAGAGACUGGUCCACCAUUAGCUGAUACUGAGGAUCUGCCUGCUACUGAACAAGGCAACCCAGAAGAAGAAAUGGAUAUUGAUGAUACUACUACUGGGACUGUUGCUGAUGAAUCUGCUUACAUAGGAGAUAAUUGUCUAUCUACACCAGUAGCCACAGAAGAUAAUUCACCUCAAGAGAUUGACCACCAGCUAGAACCAAUAAUAAAAGAGCAGGGCCUAGAUGAAACUGAAGGUGUAGGUGCUGUAGCUGAGGAAUCUCCUGAUCAGUCAAUAAGCUCUGCUAUGCCUAUUGAUAGUGCUGUAUGUGAAGGAGAUGGAGCUCCAAUAGCUCAAGACGACGAAUCAAGUACAAUGGAUGAAGAUAUGGGUGGUGGGGAAGGUGUCGCCAGUAGUGACGACGUCAAUGACAUAAGUAGUGCUGCACAAGAGUCAAUCAGUACAGGGAUUAGUUCAAGCACAGCGGAGGGAGGAGCCGAUAUUAGCAGCAGUGGUCAAAGUGAAGCGACUCUCAUAUCGUCAACAGCCAAUGGCCCAGCAGUAUUGCACUCUUUUUCUCUGACUCCACAGCAACAGCAUACUAACGAGUUUUUGAACUUUUUGUCAUCUAGGUUCGGUGAUGCCGACACUUCUGAAAUGGAGGGCACCGCCGACACAAUGCCAACAGUAAGCGAGUCUAUGCCGCUACUCACCAUGACGGCAAACGGAUCCGCGUUGCUCUCGCCUACCUUAUUGCAAGGUGAGGAGGGCGGCGCGGGCGGCGUGUCAUCGUCGGUGGCGGCGGGUGCGGCCGAGGGUGCGGCGGAGGCGGAGGGCGCGGAGGGCGCGGUGAGCAGCUCGGUGGCAGCCGGCAACGGUGCGCCACCGCUGCCGCCAACCGACGCUGCGCACGCACUCGCCACGCUCGCCAGCGCUGCGCUCCACCACCACCACGAGCAGGCCGAAUCUGAAGAGUCGAAGCAGCAAAAUGAUGAAGAUGCGUGGUAUACUGUUGGCAUUGUUAAGGGUACCACAUUUACGGUGCAAAACUACAUAUCAGAUCCCAAUGUAGACCUCUCUACCCUAUCACUAGACAAUGUCCCCGAUUUGUCGGGUUUGCCGACUACAACACUCGAGCAUGGUACUGCGUACAAAUUUAGAAUCGCUGCCAUCAAUUCUUGUGGCCGUGGAGAUUUCAGUGAGGAAUCGGCGUUUAAAACUUGCCUACCAGGAUUUCCGGGCGCACCCUCGGCUAUCAAGAUAUCCAAGUCUGUGGAGGGGGCGCACUUGUCAUGGGAGCCGCCUCAGGUGGCAGCUGAAGGAAUCUUUGAGUAUUCCGUUUACCUCGCUGUACGGUCUAAUUCACAACCUAAGGAAGCGUCUAAGUCUCAGCUGGCGUUUGUGCGUGUAUACUGCGGGAAGACGAACACGUGCGUGGUCCCGCAAGCAUCGCUGAGUGCGGCGCACGUAGACUCAUCCACGAAGCCUGCGAUCAUCUUCCGCAUCGCUGCCCGCAACGAAAAGGGCUACGGACCGGCCACGCAAGUCAGGUGGCUGCAAGAUAUAAAGUCUACAGGAGUGAAGAGGGCGGGUGAGGGUAGACUACCCGGCGCCUCACCCUCCAAGCAAACUAAACAAAUAAUACACUAAGUGUUUACCAAUUAAGAAAGCCUUGACUUUUUACGUAGAAUAAUUAUAAUACAUUAGCUAUAUGUACAGUUGAUGAUUAAGUGAAUCUAUUUGUCUUCAGGUGCGGUUAAUAUUUUUUUAUCAACUGAAAUACUUCAUUACGUGAAUUAUUUUCAUUAAAUAAUAUUUCCUAGUGAAAUGUUGUUAACAUUUCUGCAGAUUAUGUUCUUAUUGUGACCUAUGUGUUGAUUUAUAUUUUCGGCAUUCUUAAGCCUACUGAAAGGUAAUCAGAUUGACUGAGAGUAGUAGGUGAGCAUGCAAUUAACAAGAUAAACUUGACUGGGUGCAGUAACUCUGAUGGUAUCAUAUAAAUAACUGUGUCUUUUCUCUUUGCGAUAUGUAAAGAAUGUAGAAAGUACUUUCGUAAUAAAAAAAUAUGUAAAAUUUAUGAACCAAACUUGACCAUAAACAAAAACCUUUAAUAUGUACAUAAUUUAUAGUGCUACACUGUUUUGUAACAAUACUUCCCCAGUUCAGUUCUAUAUUUGUUUCCUAGUAUAUAAUUGUUAUUUAUAUAAUGUUCCGUUAAAACCAAAUGUAUAAUCACUAAAAAGGAAAAUAGGUUAUCGAAAUAAAGAAAUAUCGAAUCGCA